AAGGCUCAUCCGGGACAACCAACCCCCUCUGCCCCGCACCUCACGUUGAGGCACUGAUUUCCGCCCCCCCCCCCCAAUCAAGUAGUAUUUUAUUGUACGGGAGCCACGCCCUGGUUUCUUAAAGGCGCGUUGCACUCUGUUUGGCCAUGUGUUAUCUCUGCAGCUGGUGUGUGGGAGGCCUCCUGUGAGCCACCUUUCUUACCCCUGCCCGCUGAGACAUCCUCCCACCCCCGUCAAGGAUUUGGGGAUGCCAGGGGGGAAGAAGGUGGUUGGGGGCGGCAGCAGCGGUGCUGCCCCCACUGCCGCUGCUGUCCCCUCUGGGGCCAGGCGUUUGGAGACCAGCGAAGGAGCCUCAGCCCAGAGAGAUGAUGAGCCAGAAGAAGAAGGGGAAGAGGACCUGCGAGAUGGAGGCAUCCCCUUCUUUAUCAACCGGGGUGGGCUGCCUGUGGACGAGGCCACCUGGGAGAGGAUGUGGAAGCACGUGGCUAAGAUCCACCCCGAUGGAGAGAAGGUGGCUCAGCGGAUCCGUGGGGCCAUGGACCUGCCCAAGAUUCCCAUACCGAGUGUGCCUACGUUCCAGCCCUCUACUCCUGUCCCUGAGCGCCUGGAAGCUGUGCAGCGCUACAUCAGGGAGCUGCAGUACAAUCACACAGGGACGCAGUUCUUUGAAAUUAAGAAGAGCAGACCUCUGACAGGGCUGAUGGACCUGGCCAAGGAAAUGACCAAAGAGGCUCUGCCAAUCAAAUGCCUGGAAGCCGUGAUCCUGGGAAUUUACCUCACCAACAGCAUGCCUACCCUGGAACGCUUCCCCAUCAGCUUCAAGACCUACUUCUCAGGGAACUACUUCCGCCACAUCGUGCUGGGGGUGAACUUCGGCGGCCGCUACGGGGCGCUGGGCAUGAGCCGGCGCGAGGACCUGAUGUACAAGCCGCCGGCCUUCCGCACGCUCAGCGAGCUCGUGCUGGACUACGAGGCCGCCUACAGCCGCUGCUGGCACGUGUUGAAGAAGGUGAAGCUGGGCCAGUGCGUGUCCCACGACCCGCACAGCGUGGAGCAGAUCGAGUGGAAGCACUCGGUCCUGGACGUGGAGAGGCUGGGCCGCGAGGACUUCCGCAAGGAGCUGGAGCGGCAUGCCCGCGACAUGCGCCUCAAGAUUGGCAAAGGGACCGGCCCUCCCUCCCCCACCAAGGACCGCAAGAAGGAUGUGUCCUCCCCACAGCGGGGCCAGUCUAGCCCCCACCGCAGGAACAGCCGCAGUGAAAGGCGGCCUUCUGGUGAGAAGAAGCCUUCAGAGCCCAAAGCCAUGCCAGACCUCAAUGGGUACCAGAUCCGGGUGUGAGGCAGGCGGCAGUGCCCCAGCCGCACCCACUUCUGGGGGCCAGGAUCUGCCUGCCAGAACCGGCCUCGCUCCUGGGGAAGUUGGGGCUGAUGAUGGGGGCGGGGUGAGGGGCAGCAGGAAGAGCGUGUCCCAGCUCAGCCACCCAAGAUGCUGCCCCUCCCGCUGGGCCAAGCCCCCUAACUUUGGACCGCGAGGCAGUGAAGAGUUUAAUUUUGAAUUUUUAACUCGACAACUGAAAUUUAAGGUAUUUGGGGAAAAACUUAAAACUAAUGGAUCUGCCAGUGGCUGGAAGGCCAGUGCUUAGAGGAUCUAAGCACCACAGGGCUGCGUGAGGAGGGGUUGCUGGCUCUGCUGGUACCCCUGCCCCAAGGUCUCUCUGGGAUUUGGGUCCAUUCCGUCUAUGGGAAACCUCCCAGCUCUGCUAGGCCUGUGGCAGGACUGGGGGAGGGAUGUUUCUCCAGUCCUGUCUGCCCUGGCAGAAUCUUCACCCAGGGAAAGGAAAGCAGGGUAGGAACCACCCUGAGAAAGGGCUGUAUGGCCCAUAUCAGGAGCUUAGCACAGGACACAUCUGCCCCAAGAGCCAGAGCCUGUGGCUCAGGAGGGUCCUCAGGCCCUUGCAGCCCCAUGGACAGUGCUGUGUGGGCUGACAUCAUUGCCUCACGGCAGGGCCCGUGCUGGGAUAGGCUGGACGAGAGCCCAGGAGAGGACCACUGGGGGAAGGGUUCCCGGACCCCUACCUGGCCUCCUUGCUCAGCCCAGCUCUGCCUGUUGCUGAAGCCGGGGCCUCCCUGCAGAGGGGCUGGGCUCUGCCAAGGGCCCAGAGAUGCACUGGGCUCAGCAUGACUGUGGGGACUGAAUAGACCUGGUGGGUCCAGGAACCAUGGCUGGGGAUGGGGUGGGACACCCAGGCCCAGGUCUGUCCCCCUGGUAGGUAGUCCCCAGGGACUGCUCCCCCUUCCUAUUACCUUAGCCCUUGCUGGGGAAAUGAAGACCAGAUCAGGCUGCCUGUGUCCCAGGCCUACCUCCCCUCAUUCAGCAGCCUGGAUAGGUGUGGAGGGCCCAGUGAUGAUCAGGCCUGUUGCGUGAGGCCGCUCAUCAGGGAAGAACCUGAGCUGCUGGAGUCUGCACAGCCUGCCUGGCAGGUGUGAGAUACCUGGCGGGCAAGUGAGAGGUUGUGGAGAGAGGUUGGAGGGCCUGCGGGAAGGUUCUGGAGGCCCAAGUAACAAAGAGGUGUAGGUCAAGGGGGCAGUGCGGCCACUAAGGAGAGGCAGGGCCCGAGAACUGGGGAAUGUAAGUGAGAAAAGAACGUGGGGGAGAGUUUAGAAUCAGGGGGCCUUGGGGAGUAGUGAGUUCCCUAUUGCUGGAGGUAUUCAAGCAAAGACUAGAUGGCUGCUUGUCAUCUUGAAAGCUAUAGAAAGGAUUUAGGUUACGGAAGGAUAACUGGAUGAGAUGACCAUUAAGGUUUGUUAAUACUGAGAGGCUAUGAUUCAGCCAGGGGCAGCUGGCAGUAAGGCUGCAGCAGGGCUGGGGGCCUGGAAGAGGGAGGACCAGAGCCAGAGUUGUAAACUCAAAUGCCUACAGGGCCGGGCAGAUGACUAAGAGGAGGGCUGCAGGGCUGGGUGGGGAUUGUGGCAAAUUAAAGAAGACAUACCCCAUUAAAGCAGCCGCUGUUGCUCAGCCAUUCUGAGCGCAGGCCCUGCAGUAUCAGAUUGCCUGAUUUUUUUUGUUGAGAGGCCAGAACUCUGAAUUUUUAUGUGAAAUAUGCUGAUUUUUAAAUGUUGGCAGUCAGUUCAGAAAAUUGUAAAGCCCAACGUGAAAAAGAAUGCUGGUUUGUAAUCUCUGAAGUAGAGAGGACUUGGGCUGGGGAGAGGUCCACCGAGGUACUUUGAGGUGGAAAGCAUGAAAAGUUGUAGGCCUCCCAGAGCGGGCUGGGCCAGGGCAGCGUCCUCGCUGCAAAGGCUGCUCAGAGUGGGCAGCUACCCGACAUUCAUGUUCGUUCUCCCUGCAGACCAGAGACACACCCGUAACUCCCUGCGGUUGCUGAGACACCGGAGGGGGUGGAGUGGAAUAGAAAUAGUGCAAUUCUCAGCCUGCCAGGGAGAUGGAUUGUGCCUGAGAAGCAAAGAAAGGGAGAGAGGGAGACAGGAUGCGUUUGCUGACGCAAGUGCCCGCCAGGGAAGGCACCAGGCUGGCAGCUCUUCACACCAGCAGCUCUUGGCCCAGAGCCAGGCCCAACAGGGAAGCCGGCUGCUCAGUCCCCUGGGUUUCUCAUGGGUCACUGGGCCCUGGGGAGGUGCCUAACCUGUCCCCCGGGCUACACCCCAGCCAGACCAAUCCGAGGGGCACUAUGAGCUCUAACUCACCAUCCCAUCCCAUCCCAGUUUUCAGGGAGAGGGGUGCUGGGUCCCCACAUUCACACAUUCACCUGAGGCGGAGAUGGAUCCGUUUGGGAGGCAUGAGGCUGAAAGUGAGGCGUUUUGUGGGUCUGGAUGUGGGUUCCUUGUGCAGGCCGAUCAUCGGCAGACACCCCAGAUGCCCCUGUGGACCAUAGGGCUUGAGGGUGAGACGUGAGGGAGCCGCUCCUGGUAUGGAAGCCCAGCAGGGUGCUCUGACCCUCUGGCUCCUUCCCGAGCCCUUUGGGGAGAAGGAAGCAGGACGAAGCCCCAACCCCUACUGCUGUCUUCCAGGGAGGGAGCCGACCACCCACAGCUGAUAACCCCCUAGCACUCCCCCUUCCUCGCUCAGACCUCGGGCCUGUGGACACCCACAGGAUACAGCGGUGCUUUUUAAUUUAACUGUUUCACAUAUGUAGCAACCCCUCCUCCCCUCCUGGGCGUGUUUACACAGGCUCUGCUCCCCAGGGCUGGCCUGGCUGCAGAGUUUCUGGGGAGUCAGAGGCAGGGACUUUAGGGCCUUAGUCACCAUCCUCAGUAUCACCUCAUCUCAAUUCCUGUGAGGGACCGGGCCUCGCUCCUCCCAACUCAGGACUGCCUUCCAGCUCUCAGC